AUGAAGCUAUUAACUUUGGGUUUGAUUGAUAUUUCUCCUGUAUUUAAAAGAAAUAUGAUAUUUCAUUUAAGAUGGCUAUCUAGUUCAAGCGUUACCUGUUUGAAGAGGUAUGCUGAAUGUACAGAUAGUUCAGAAAGAUCCUCAAUACCAUGUAACUUUUUCAAAAGCCAUGCUAUUGAGAAAGCAAGGUGGCGUGUAAAGGAUACGUUACUUAGAAUGGGAAUAAUAUCACCACCUAGUGCUAAUAAAUCAAACAGUAGGAAAAAAGUGGUAAUUUUGGGUACAGGGUGGGGAUUUGCAGCUUUUGCACCCAGAUUGGAUAUCUAUAAGCAUGAUAUUUGUGUAAUUAGCCCUCAUAAGGCCUUCUACUUCACUCCAUUGUUGACGCAUAUAAUUUCCGGAAGACUUCCCAAUAGGGUUUGUGAAGAACCUAUCGAAACAUUUACAUUUAGGGGUAAACAUGAGGUCAUGAAACACAUAUUAGGUAAUGCUAUUGAGAUUGAUGGUGGGAACAAACAAAUAGUAUAUAUGGAUGAAUCCACUAAAAGCACUCAUAAAUUACCAUAUGACUACUUAGUAAUUAAUGUUGGAAGUGCUAAUGCCACUUUCAUCCCUGGAAUUAAGGAGUAUGCUCUAUACUUACGAAAUGUAGAAGACUCACUCAAAAUACGUGCUGCAGUCUUGUCACAAAUAGAUGAGGUGUUUAAAGAGUGGAAUACUUUAGAAGAUGACCAAAAGAGAAGAAAGUUGAGUUUCAUUGUUGCUGGUGGAGGACCUACUGGUGUAGAGGUUGCCGGUGCAUUUGCAGAACUAGUUAAAAGUUUACUAGAAGAAGAAAAGUAUGGCCAUUUGCAGCCCUUCAUUUCUAUUAAGCUGAUUGAAAUGUCACCCAAGUUACUACCAACAACAGGAGAUAAUAUACCUGAAUAUGCAAAGUAUAUUCUAGGAAACAAGGCUAAAGUAAAGCUACUCCUUAGAACAAAGUUACUUAAAGUAGGGCCAGAUUCUGUACAAGUACAAUAUCAAGACAAAACAGAAGAAAAUAUACCUUAUGGAGUAUUUGUUUGGGCUAGCGGUGCGUCUCCCUCCGAACUAACAAAACAUAUAUGUGAAACUAUACCAGAACAAUCAAAAAAUCCUCGAGCAAUAAAUGUUGAUGAAAAACUAAGAGUGAUUGGUUUACAGUAUGUGUAUGCUCUAGGAGACUGUGCACUGGUUACUCCAAAAAAACUGUCCAGUUCUUGGGAAAGUAUUUUUCAAAAAGCUCAAAAGCAUUCAUAUGGUCCAUCUGUAGACUAUUUACGUCAUAUCAUGUUAUCAAGUGAAUUUCCACAAUUAGUAAAUUUACCAUUUGUUAAGGAUCUGCCAGAAAACAGUAAAACUCUUACAGCGGAAGAGUUUAGAGAUCUCCUUAUAAAAGUAGAUGAACUUUAUCAUCCACCACCGCCUACUGCCCAAGGUGCCUCGCAACAAGGUAGAUAUUUAGCUGGUAUAUUCAAUAAUUACUUAACUGAAGCAGAAAAACAAAGAUGUGAUGCUUUUUUGUAUAAUUGGAGGGGAUCUUCUUGCUACAUUUAUGACGACAAUAUUGCAUUUUAUAGUCCCUACUUUAGUUUGCUUGGUGGACUUCACACAAAGUUAUUUUGGCAAAUUAUCUAUGCUUCUAUGGAACCUUCAUGGGGUGCAAUGUAUACUCUAGUGAAAGCAUGGUUAAGUUAUGCUUUUAAAUUUCCUCAGUACUUCCCGAAAAGUCAGUGUACAUCUCGAUUAUCUGACUAA